AUGCUGAAGAACAUACCGAGCCGUUCCUCCGUGGCCGAGCUGACUUCUUUCAUCGAGGAACUUGACGCUGGCUUCGGGCAGGAAUUCACGUUCUUCUACAUGCCCCAGAGGACGGGGCCGCGGCACCGCGUCCUGAACAAGGGCUACGCCUUCGUCGGGUUUGCAGACCCCGACACGUGCGCAAGGUUUGCUUCCACCAUCUCGGGCCUCAAGUUCAUCACACGCGAAAGCACCAAGAUCAUCGGGGUGGCCCCUGCACGGCUUCAAAGCAACGAGGAUAUCAUGGAGCACUUUGGAGACGUGACGCUGAACAGCCGCAAGGCGCCAUUAGUGCUGAAGUCAUUUAGUGGCCAGUUGGAGCUCCGUUAUGCUUUGUGA